UGCCAUCUUGGAGCUUAUGUACCCCCGAGUUCUGGGAGCUUAUAACCAACAAGGUUCUCCUUCUAAUAUACCAAUUCCAUUGAUGUUUGGUCAACUAUAUGAAAAGCUGUUCGUCUAUAUAUAAGCUCCUUUAUACGACGCCGUUGUCAUUGAGUAUUGUCCUUCACUGCAACACUAUAUUUCGAAUAUCUAAUAACACCGGCAACCACCAUCACCAUGCCCGACAUCAACCUUCAAGAGAUCCAUGACACUCUCGUGGAGGUCGCCUUCGAGGCCGGCCGCAUGAUCCUCGCCGCCAACCCCAACAACAUUGACAAGGGUUCGAAGAUGAACUCCGCCGACAUUGUCACCGAAACCGACCAAGCCGUAGAGCGUAUGGUCUCCACCACCCUCCGCUCCAAAUACCCCUCCUUCUCAUUCGUCGGCGAAGAGACCUACGUCGCCGGUGAAACCAAAGUCACUUCCGCCCCGACCUUCAUCGUCGACCCCAUUGACGGCACCACCAACUUCGUCCACGGCUACCCGCACGGCUUCUGCAUCUCGCUCGGCUUCGCCCUCGACCGCCGCCCCGCGGUGGGCGUUGUCUACAACCCCGCUCUCGACACGCUUUGGACGGCCAUCAAGGGACAGGGCGCCUACUGUCAGCGCAACGCCUCUCUCGAACCUGCAAAGGGACAGGGGCCAAAGCAAAAGUUGCCGCUGAAUGGGGGGCAGCCGCUAGGAGAUCUUUCUACCGCCCUGGUGGCGGUCGAGUGGGGUAGUCAGCGCGAGGGAAAGAACUUUGACAUUAAGACCAGGGUGUUUAGACAGUUGACGGCUGCCAAGGAGAAUGGCGGGUGUAUGGUGCACAGCUUACGCAGCUUGGGCAGCGCGGCCUUGAACAUUUGCGCGGUGGCGGCCGGUCAGGUCGAUAUGUACUGGGAGGGCGGGUGUUAUGCGUGGGAUGUGACGGCGGGGUGGUGUAUUCUCGAGGAGGCGGGUGGAAUUAUGGUUAGUGCAAACCCGGGGGAUUGGAACCCGGAGUUGGAUUCAAGGUUGUAUUUGGCCGUCAGGGGAGCGGAGAGCGGACAGAAGGAGAUGGUGGAGGAGUUUUGGGGGGUUGUUGGUGAUGAUAGGAUGGAAUAUAAGCACUAAUGGUUGGUGAAUAUGAAGCGAUUUUGGGUACGGCCUUAGGUUAUCAGGCAUUGGAUCAAGUAAUGAGCAGGCAUAUUGGGUUUGGAAAGAUGUCGACUAGAUGAGUUAAGGCUAUCGUUAGAAGGGCUGGAUUGGGGUGCGAUAUCUGGGAAAGGGUCGUUCGCCCGUCAGCAAUGUGAGUGACAGCUGCAUCACGGUCCUAUGGCCGGUCAAGAAGAAAUCUGAAGGUGAUUUUGUUCCUUGACGUUUGAAGAUGUGGCAAGGUACGUUGCAGAAAGGUUGAUAAAGAGAAAAAAAAAUUAUUCGCAUUUGAUCCGACCCAGGCUCGAUCUGGGGACCUUCAGUGUGUUAGACUGAC